AUAAACGCGGGAAGUGCAGUCUCGCCUCACAACAAGUUAUAUACCAAAGUCAUUAAAAAAAUGGGGAGCGCUUUCUACUAGUUCCAGCUACGCACCUCCUUCACCUUUAUAUUAAAGAGGAUAUUUUUAUAAUUUAGACAUGACAGUUAGUAAAAAGAAUUCUCCCUAUUUCACAUGGGGCUGUGCAGAUGAUUUAGCUUUUCGGUUGAAGAAAACAUUGUAUUGCAGUGAAGAUAAUGACUGUUACGAAUCUUCGUCAGUUGCUUUGACAGAUGUUGCAGUAUCUAUGCUUCUGGACACAGCAACUUGUUCCCGUCGAAAGAUCACACAGCGUUAUGCUAGCUCUUUAACAAGGCAACUACCAAUUUCACCAUGUGCCCUUAUGAUGGGCAUUCUGUAUUCUGAACGGCUACGACAACUUAACCCUUCUUACUUAGAACGUGUUUCCUCAUCUGAUAUUUAUGUAGUUUCCAUGCUUGUUGCAACAAAAUUUCUUCAUGAUGAAGGAGAAGAAGAAGAAAUAUUCAAUAACGAGUGGGCUGAAGCUGCUGGACUUGCUGUAUCGACUGUAAAUAAACUAGAAAGAGAAUUCUUAGAUGCAAUGAAUUGGAAUGCAUACGUGAGUCCCUCAGACUUCUUAGAUUUUUGUACGAAAAUGGAAACAAAGAUAGCUUUUAAGUACGGACUCCAACGUGGCUGGUUCUCCUACACAGAUUUAACACAGUUUUUAGCUGCAUCACCUUACCAGAAGAUUUUAAAGGGGAUUAUCGAAAGUACUGUUAAGAUCAUUGGUGGGUGCGCACUUGUCUACGGCAUGUCCUUAAGUCUACUGGCGACAUCAGUUAUGUGUUACACUGCAACUACAUCGGUGCAACAAGUCAACGAAUUACGCCCUGAACAGGUUUCGUCGAGUAACUACACUACUUCAGCUUCUGCUAGUUAUCGGCCUUUUGAAAAUCGUUGUUUAACUCGCACAAGAAGAAACCAACCCAUUGACCAAUCUCAUGGAGAUGCACUGGACGAUGAUACUAUGUUACCUGGAAAUGAAACUGAACUUGAGAAUCUUCUCCGCCACGACAAACAGCACAAUAUUACUUCCAUCAAUGUUACGCAUUCCAUACAGUCUAGGAACAGUUGUCAAUGUGUACGUGACAUUUCUAAAUGCUUCGAAUCUCCAUUUCGUUAUUUACACUACCAAACAAGCCUUCACCUGUCCGUGGACUUUUCAUACGCACGUGCAUUCUGCAGUGAUUUCUUCGACCUUGACCCUGGCAAUUAUUGUGAGUGCAACUCUGAGACGGUAAAGUCGACUACCUAUCGGGAUCAAUAUGACUUUAUGAAUAAGGUAUCGAUUGGACGAAAAAUUUACGAAGGCCAUGUAGUCGCGAAGCCUACAUUAUUUGGAAUGUUAGUUAUGUAAACUCUGUUUUGUGUUUCAUUUCGUCCUGAAACUGUCUUUGCAAUAUACAUUUUAUCGUUUAUUCUGUUAUGUCUUAUUCAUAUGAGAUUUUUGUCGCUUUUUUAUAACAAUUUUGCAGGGUAAUGUUUAAGAACUGAAAGCGCAAACGCAAACAACAUACACAUGCGUAAUAUUAAUUUUAAAAAAAGUUUUUGCUUGCAUGGGUGUUCACACAGUCCUUUUCUUGCGCUUUUGUUUGCGUGACAAGUGUAAACCAGUAUAAACAUUCCCAGUUAGCUGAUUUAAGAGAAUUUAAAAAAAGCCUCACCAAGGUGGCAAUGAAUUAAAGGAAUUUUAAAAUUCGAAGGAUUUAUUUAGUUUGGUCUGAAAAAAGUCAUGACACUCAUUUCUGAAUAAAAAACUCGCAGGUUGUUUUUUUCAUUGAAUCUUUUCAAAUUUUGAUUAUUGCGUGUUUACAUUUUGAGGUAUGAGGUGAGCACAUACCCAAUGUACUCACCUCAUAUACCAAGAUGUUUUAUUUAUUUCAGUGGAGAUUUGGUAACUUUAUUUUACUGCUAAUACCAACAGCAACAGAAAUGUAUUUACCAGUAAAAAUUUAGUUAUAUAUUCAAUUUUAUUCCUAUAUAUUUUGAACAUAUUAGAUUAUAAGAUUUAAUAUAGCUAUAUUUUUGACAUUUGUGGACCUUUUUUGUGCACUUUGUAGUCAAAGUUAACUUUUUUAUAUAAUUCUAGCUAGCUUAAGUUAUAUGAAAUAUUUCAAACACUUCUAUAUUCAUGAUCAUUUUCGCCAAUCGUGGCGUGUAGAUUCGACUAAAAUGAGUUUGCUUCGGGGUACGACAUUUAAGUUUAACAUUUCUUAGUGUGAUAGGAUUUUUGAUGGUUUGAGCUAAAGUCUCUUUAUUUCGGUUUGAUAGUUUUUGUAUUUUGUACUGCUUUUUUAUGUAUUAUUAUUUAUGCUUCUUUCCAGCACUUUUUUAAUUUAAUUGUUACUCUCCUAUGUCAUUAUUUUCAACAGCUGUUUUAUUCACGUGAUCAAAGAAGAAAUUGUAUUUCUAA